CCAGCACCUAUCCAAACCCAGCCGUCCAACCUGCGCCAUACCAAACAUCACGCAGGCACGAGACAGCAUUUUCCAGCCUCGUUCCAGCCGCACACUCCAGAAAACUUUGCCCACAAUGUUGGUAUCUUCAAAGACAGAGCAGCAGCUGACAAUUGCACUCCGUGCGACACCAAAAGCGUCCUUCCCCCUCCCCCGCGAUACCCCUCGCACUCGGGCGCCUACGGCGCAAUCGGCGCCGGCAUCGCCCCCAUGAUCGAGACGAACAACAUUCUCUCCAACCCCGAAGGCCCUGACUACCAGUUCCUCGUCGGUGAGGGUACCUACGUCCUCAAAGAGUGCCUCCAUCUCGCCACACCUCCACCGCAUCCCUCUGAGGCCCCCGUCGUCAAUCCGAACCCGCUCGCCACGACGCCCCAGCCCGCCUCCGCUGGCACCAAGCUCUCCCUCAUAUCUCUCGACGUCCGCGCCGCGCCCCCCUUCUUCUACAACAAGGGCGCCAGCACAUCCACCACGCUCUCCUCCUCCCUCGGCGGCGACAUCCAGGAGCACCCUAACGAAGGGCGGUAUUCUACCGAGGCAGGGCUCAGCAGCGAUGGAGGGGACGGCCGCGGUGCCUCCCUCAGCGACGGCGUCGCGCCCCCGACGUCGUCAUUGACCAUGGUGUCGGCUCCGGCAUUCGGGGACGGAAACUCGGCGCUCGCGCCGGCCAAUACUAAGGACGCGACCAAGAAGAAGGUGGCCAAACCCAAGAACAACAUGACCAAGAGCAACUCGUCCUUCAUUUCUAGAGUCAUUGUGAACGAGAGCUUGGCCAAGAAGCUUCAGGAGCGGCCUACGGACGGCGUUUUUGCGUUUGCCAAUAUCAAUCGAGCGUUUCAGUGGCUGGAUCUGUCAUCACCAACAAAGGCCGACUACUUGACCAAGAUUCUGUUUACAAAGGCUCAUUGCCUGUGUCACGACGUGAACCCCAUCACCAAGAACAUUGCUCAUAUUGAUGUAAUCAUGGGCUUCUCAACGGGAGAAAUCAUCUGGUGGGAGCCUGUUUCUCAACGGUAUACUCGGUUGAACAAGAAUGGCAUCAUCAACGGCACACCGGUAUCAGAGAUCCGUUGGAUACCAGGCUCCGAGUCCCUCUUCCUAGCAGCGCACAUGGACGGCUCGCUGGUGGUCUACGACAAGGACAAGGAGGACGCGCAGUUCUCCCCAGAGGAGGAGCAGCUUGCGACCAACGGCUCGUCAACAAACGGAGAGAGCGAUUCGUCGACCAACGGCGUCAACCACAACCUCAAGAUCCAGAUCAACAAGUCUGUCCACUCAAAGAACCAAAAGACGAACCCCGUGGCAUCAUGGAAGCUGUCGAAUCAGCGCAUCAACGCGUUUGCUUUCAGCCCGGACAAUAGGCACCUGGCAGUCGUCUCGGAGGACGGCUCGCUCCGCAUUAUUGAUUACUUGAAAGAAGAGUUGCUGGAUCUCUACAACUCGUACUACGGCGGCUUCAUCUGCAUCACAUGGUCACCGGACGGUAAAUACGUUCUGACGGGAGGCCAAGAUGACCUCAUCUCCAUCUGGUCCGUCGUAGACUCGGCCAUUGUCGCCCGCUGUCAAGGUCACCAGUCGUGGGUGACAUCGGUGGCAUUCGACCCGUGGCGUUGCGACGACAGGAACUAUCGGUUCGGCAGUGUCGGCGAAGACUGCAGGUUAUGCCUGUGGGAUUUCAACGUCGGCAUGCUGCACCGGCCCAAGGCGGCUUCCGUUCAUCACCGAGGCUCCGUAUCAUCACGGUUCGCCAAUCCCUUGCAGAGACAAGAGACGGCCAACACGUCGGCGAGCCGCAUCCGGUCCAACUCGACUCUGUCUGGAGGGGCAGUGGACGAAGACGGCAGCAGCAUCGUUCAUCCUGUCGAGCCUCGUGCGAGGAUCGCCAUGCUACCUCCUGUUUCUUCCAAGGCAGUUGAUACCCAUCCCCUGUGCUGGCUGGAAUUCACAGAAGAAGCCAUCAUCACAAGUUGCAAGAAUGGCCAUAUCAGAACAUGGAAUAGGCCGACUGAUGCCCCGGUGCCGACGGAGGGUGCCUCUCAACCAUCUUAG